UAGAAAGGCAAAAAGUGAGUAAAAGCAAAAGCUUUUCUCAAACCUUCGCUUCCUUCUCACACCUUCUCUUCCUCCUAUUCCCCGAUCCCGUCAAAUGUUUUUUCUCUGUUCUACCCGGUCAGGGCAUACGACGAACGAAAAGUACUGCUAAAAUUCCGUUUUUUUUUUUUCCCCCUACGUCUUCUCUUUUACAGAUCGGGAUUUCGAAUCUGUUGGCCUCCAUAUCUUAUCAAGCCCUGAGCUUUUCCUUCUUCGAGGCCACCUACAGCCAGAAAAUAACAGAGGAAAACAAGAUAAUGGCGGAAACAGACGAAACAGCAGCUCGUCUGCACGCAAUUACUGAAUACAGAAAAAAGCUCCUACACCACAAGGAGCUUGAGAGCAGAGUUCGCACCGUUCGUGAGGCUUUGAGGAAUGCGAAGAAGGAAUUUGACAAAACUGAAGAUGAUUUGAAAUCUCUGCAGAGCGUUGGUCAAAUAAUUGGGGAAGUGCUUAGGCCACUUGAUAAUGAACGAUUAAUUGUGAAAGCUAGCAGUGGGCCAAGAUAUGUUGUUGGCUGCCGGAAUAAGGUAGAUAAAGAUAAGCUCACUGCAGGCACGCGUGUUGUUCUUGACAUGACAACACUCACAAUAAUGCGGGCUCUACCUCGUGAGGUGGACCCUGUUGUUUACAAUAUGCUUCAUGAGGAUCCUGGCAAUGUGAGCUACUCAGCGGUAGGAGGUUUGUCAGAUCAAAUAAGAGAGCUGAGGGAGUCCAUUGAACUUCCUCUGAUGAAUCCUGAACUCUUUCUUAGGGUUGGAAUCAAGCCUCCUAAGGGAGUACUUCUAUAUGGCCCUCCUGGAACGGGAAAGACGCUAUUGGCAAGAGCUAUUGCUAGCAACAUCGAUGCCAAUUUCCUUAAGGUGGUUUCAAGUGCUAUAAUAGAUAAAUAUAUUGGUGAAAGUGCGAGGUUGAUCAGGGAAAUGUUUGGUUAUGCACGGGAUCACCAACCAUGCAUCAUAUUUAUGGAUGAAAUAGAUGCAAUUGGUGGACGGCGUUUUAGUGAAGGGACUAGUGCUGAUCGAGAAAUUCAAAGAACUUUAAUGGAAUUGCUCAACCAACUUGAUGGUUUUGAUCAAUUAGGAAAGGUCAAAAUGAUCAUGGCAACAAAUCGUCCUGAUGUUCUGGACCCAGCCCUGCUUCGACCUGGCCGUUUGGAUAGAAAGAUUGAGAUUCCACUUCCAAAUGAACAAGCAAGAAUGGAAGUUCUGAAAAUACAUGCUGCAGGGAUUGCAAAACACGGAGACAUAGAUUAUGAAGCCGUUGUAAAGCUUGCUGAGGGAUUCAAUGGAGCAGAUCUUCGGAACAUUUGUACAGAAGCUGGUAUGGCAGCUAUCCGUGCAGAGCGUGAUUAUGUAAUCCAUGAAGAUUUUAUGAAGGCUGUUCGUAAGUUGAAUGAAGCAAAGAAACUGGAGUCAAGUUCACACUAUAAUGCAGACUUUGGAAAAGACUAGUAAAAUGGUGAAAAGAUAGCAAGGGGACAAAUUGACUCUGCAAUUUUUUGUCCAUACAGGGACAUUUUACCUUUCAACUCGAUCAGUUGUCAUGACAAAGGAUGGAUUACAGGACGUUAGACAUUAAUGUUUUAUGUUCUUUAAUUGCCCUCGUUUAAUGCUAAUUCUUUGCAUGUUCUACCAAUCUUUAAGGAUUGUAUAUUCAAAUUUUAAUGCUUAAGCAGACGAAUAUGCAAAUAUUGCUGCUUUUUCUUGGCAGAAUGUCAACCGUACGAAUAUGCAGGCAUCUGGUUCAAACAACCAACUGAUUAUGUAAUCCAGAUCACAGGGAAUUAUUUUACUUAAAUUUAUUGGAUUGUUAUCAGCA